UUCCAAAGUAGUUCUAGUAGUGUUUGUCAGAGACAGCAGAAUGCGUGGGGGCGACAUUCGAAUAUUUUCGUAAUCUCACACUGCAGGAAUGUUAAACCCGGCCAUUGGUGACGAGGUCGUGGAGGCGGGGGCAAGCUUGUUGAAUGAAGGUUGUUUUCUGUGUUGACACGGUGAUCCUGAAAGCCCCCGGCCGAUAGAUCCACAUAUUCCAAUGUAAAAUUAAACAAAUGAAAGAGGAGGAGCCGAAACUCAUUUAUUUACAGAUUAGGCUACACGAUGUAGAGUAGAGACUCAGUACAGCGGGAGCGCGAGAUUGGCGAGCAGCAGACGUUUUCAUAGGUUGAUUUACAUUUUGCACGGAGUAGGAAAGCAAAAGUUAAAUAUUUUCUGGCGUCAUCAUUUCCCAUAGAAAUAGGCUACGGGGACAUCUGAUACCAUGAUAAAUAAUACGUGCCUGUCCUUUCACCAUACAAUCGAUUUUUUAGCGACAGUUCGGAUACUACCAUUGGUGCAGUGACUUCACUUUGUCUACUCUUCUUGGAAGAGCAGAGCAGAAAGAAACCGACUUCGUUUUUAUUAUAGACAAUCCUUGUCAAUCAGUAGGCUACUGUCGCUAUCUGAUGCAUGAGCGAUGCAGCCAGAACACAACAGUAACCCCUAUACUGGACAGGAUGAGGGGGGGAUCAACGGGAUAGGAGACAAUCAGACCGAGGAGGAAGCAUUGAGCGGCGAGCCGCCGACCGAACACUGGGAUGAGGCUACUGCAGACUCUGAAAUGGCGCACAACGGUGGUUCUCCCCAAGACCAGGAGAAUCAGCAAGCACAGGAGGACCAGGGACAGGACCUGGGAGAUGGCGAAUGCAAGAUCCCACAUGAGGACAGCACUAUCCAGCUAAUAGAGGCUGGAUGUCUCGAUAGUAAACCCGGUGUGUCCCCGAAUUCACAGUCUCAGUCCUCGGCACCAGGGCAGAGCCCCGGGUUCGUCCCACCCGAGGGCGGGUUCGGCUGGUUAGUUGUUUUCGCUGCUACCUGGUGUAAUGGAUCCAUUUUCGGGAUACAGAACUCCUUCGGUAUCCUCCACAUGAUGCUGGUGGAAGACCAUGCAGAUCCCAAUGACAAAACUUCGCAGUUUAAAGUAGCCUGGGUGGGGGCCCUGGCGAUGGGCAUGAUCUUCUUCUGUUCCCCGGUGGUCUCCAUGUUCACCGAUCACUUCGGCUGCAGGAAGACAGCUGUGGGCGGGGCCACCGUGGCCUUCAUCGGACUCCUCAGCACCGCCUUUGCAAAGUCCCUCAGCCUACGGUAUUUCACCUAUGGGAUCCUGUUUGGCUGUGGCUCGUCCUUUGCCUUCCAGCCCUCCCUGGUGAUCCUGGGCCACUACUUCCAGCAGCGGCUGGGCCUGGCCAACGGCGUGGUGACGGCGGGCAGCAGCCUGUUCUCCAUGGGCCUCCCGGUGCUGCUCACCAAGGUGGUGGAGCCGCUGGGCCUCAGCAGAACCUUCCAGAUCCUCAGCCUCUUCAUGCUGGUCCAGGCCCUGCUGGCCCUGACCUUCAGACCCCUGCUGCCCCAGAGAGCUCCAAUGGGACCACCAGAACCAGUGGGCCCCGCUGGGUCCACAACCCAGCCAGGAGCCCCUGCCCGGGGAAGCCGCUGGAGCAGGGCCCAGACCCAGGUCCGGAAGGUCUUUAACGUGAAGGUGUUCCACAUCGUCACCUACCGGGUGUGGGCGUUCGGGGUGUCUACGGCUGUGCUGGGUUACUUUGUGCCUUACAUCCACUUGAUGAACUUCGUGAAGGAGCAGUUCAAGGAGCCCCAGAAGGAGUGGAUCCUGUUGGUGUGUAUAGGAGCCUCAUCUGGCGUGGGACGCCUCCUCUUCGGGAAAGUAGGAGACCUCAUUCCCGGAGCCAAGAAGAUCUGGAUGCAGUCGGUGUCGUUCAUGGUGCUGGGGCUGAUGUCCAUGAUGAUCCCCCAGUGCACGGUGUUUGAGGGGCUGAUUGUGGUGUGUGUGUUCCUAGGGCUGUGUGAUGGCUGCUUCAUCACCAUCAUGGCUCCUAUAGCCUUUGAGCUGGUGGGCCCCAUGCAGGCCUCCCAGGCUAUAGGAUACCUACUGGGACUCAUGGCCCUGCCCAUGACCGCAGGACCCCCCAUCGCUGGACUCCUGCAUGACUACUGUGGUGAUUACAACGUGGCCUUCUACCUGGCAGGGGGUCCUCCCAUUGUGGGGGGCAUUGUGCUGUUCUUUGUGCCCCUGAUACACCGGCGGCAGCAGAGAGCUUUUGCAGGUCAGGAUGGGGGGCUGGAUGACCCCAGCAGGGAUCAUAUGCUGCCCUCGGCGGCCUGCUCUAACGGAAACAUGAUGCCUGGGUACACUGACGUGGAGACACACAUCUGAGUAGCACUACACAAAGGGAUUCUAUUCACCAGCACUUGAGAUCUGUCCGUCCCUGCACCUCCUCCCCUCGCCCCUGAACCCCGGCCCCUGAACCCCGGCCCCUGAACCCCGGCACCUGACCACGGACUACCUGAUGAUGUACCUCUCAACCUCUGACACAGUUUCUAUAGAAAGCCCUCUCCUCUCUGAACGCCAUUCGUUCCUUAUAGUGAUCCCUAUGGUCUAAGGAAAGAGGGGGAGAAGUUUUUCCCCCCUCUGAAGUAAAGGAGGAACAUGUCACUGAUCAUCCUCCUUGAAUGAAGAGAGAGACGAUUGGCAUUAUCAUAGGACCUGGGCGUCACACAAUCCAAAACAGUGCACUCGUUCCCUGUGUCUUUCAGCUCAUUUAAAAUGGUUUUAGACUUCAAAAUGUGAAUUCACACAAUAAGUGUGUACCAUAUAGAGCUGGCCGCCUGAAAACAAAUAUUUUUUAAAUUCUGUUACGUCUGGAAUCAGAGUAUGUAAAUGUUUUAAUAUGCUUCAGUAUGUUCAGAUUAUUCAGAAAGAUAAAUGGUAUUAGAGUAAUUGAAUGGAGUACUUUGUACUUCUCUGUCUAGACCACAAGCAUCUCACACUUUAUUUUAUGUUAUGUUCUUUCUGUCUGUAGGUGUUUCAUUAUAUACACUACCGGUUAAAAGUUUUAGAACACCUACUCAUUAUUCUUUAUUUUUUAUUAUUUUCUACAUUGUAGAAUA